GGAUAAAUAAUAGAUGUACAAGUAGUGCCGACGCCACACAAAAAAAAGAGACAGACGCAGAUUGCAAAAAAAAGGCGAAGAGAGCGGAAAGAGGAAGAGCAAUAGGGGGAAAGAAGAAGACUUGGCGAAGCGAAGAACGCGCGGCAAAUGCUGACAAUAAAAAAAAUAAAAAACUUUUUUAUCUUUAACGUGCUGGGCGGACAAUCAGCCGGUUACCUAUGGGAAAGAAAAACCCCAACGCCCGUCACACAGAUGCCGCAACACCUUUGACCACAGACGACUCCAACUGCUCCUCCGUUUCGGAAAACGAAAUCGAAAUCGAAACCUCAACCGGAUCUUCAUCCUCGAAACGGAAGCCGAAAAGCAGAUCAUCGCAUGGCAAUGUCAGGGCGUCCAGAAAGGUCAGCAGUUCCAGCUCCUCCAGUGAUUCCGAUUCCGAUCAGGCAGUAGCCAAUAGUUCAGCCGAAGAAGAGGAAGAGGAGCAGUCGUCCGAGGUCUGCAAAAUACGCAUUGUGCCGCUCGAGAAGCUGCUGGCCAGUCCCAAGAAGAAUACCCGCCGGAAGAAGAUUUCCCUGGUGGAAUCCUCCAGCGACAGCGAGGUGGUGUUGCCUCCAAAGGCGAGGAACAAAUCCCCUUUGCCGCCGCGCAAAAGGAGCGCAGCUAUCAUAGAACUAAGCGACAGCGAGGAGGAGGAGCUGGUUAAUCCCCUCAAGGAAGAACCUAAAAAACAGCAGGAGAAACCCCAGAAAUCCCCGGAAGCCAAGCCCAAGCGCUGUGUGGUGCGCUUGAAGCGCGUCAGCCUGCCAAAUCCCGCCCAGAAUCCCGGGAAGAUGAGCACGGACUCAGAGGAGGCGGCCACCACAUCGAAGAAGAGCCGCCAGCGGCGUUCCAAGAGCGAAAGUGAGCCGGACUCGGAGUAUGAGGUGCCUGGAGUAGCAGGGGAAGAGGAGGUGGAGGAUAUAAAGUACUCCUCCGGGGAGGAGGAGGCGGAGGAGGAUCAGGCGGCCAACAGCAGCGACAGCGAGGUGAUACCGCAGCGGAAGAGGCGCCGGAAGAAGAGCGACUCCGAAAAGGGCUCCUCCGACUUUGAGCCGGAUGAGAAGCAGCCGAAGAAAAAGGGUCGCAAGCGGAUCAAGAAGAAUUCCAGCGGAGAAAGCGAUGGCGACGGUGAUGACGACAAGGCGAAGAACAAGCGCAAGCACAUCCGGAAGAUUAUCAAGACCAAGGACUUGGAUCUGACGACCAAGGAGGCGGCCAAGGAGGAGGAUGACCGAAGGAAGCGCAUCGAGGACCGGCAGAAGCUGUACAAUCGCAUCUUCGUGAAGUCCGAGAGCGUGGAGAUUAGCGAACUGGUGCUGGAUUUCGAUGAGGAUUCGAAGAAGGCCCUGCUGCAGGUGGACAAGGGGCUGCUGAAGAAGCUGAAGCCGCAUCAGGUGGCCGGCGUGAAGUUCAUGUGGGACGCCUGCUUCGAGACGCUGCAGGAGAGCCAGGAGAAGCCCGGCUCCGGCUGCAUCCUGGCCCAUUGCAUGGGUCUGGGCAAGACGCUGCAGGUGGUGACCUUAUCCCACACCCUCCUCGUGAACACCAGACGCACUGGAGUGGAUAGAGUCCUUGUAAUUUCACCCCUUAGCACGGUGAACAACUGGGCGCGCGAGUUCACCAGCUGGAUGAAGUUCGCCAAUCGCAACGACAUCGAGGUCUACGACAUUUCGCGCUACAAGGACAAGCCGACGCGCAUCUUUAAGCUCAACGAAUGGUUUAACGAGGGCGGCGUCUGCAUCCUCGGCUACGACAUGUACCGCAUCCUGGCCAACGAGAAGGCCAAGGGUCUGCGCAAGAAGCAGCGCGAGCAGCUCUUCCAGGCUCUGGUCGAUCCGGGUCCGGAUUUGGUCGUCUGCGACGAGGGACAUCUGCUCAAGAACGAGAAGACCUCGAUUAGCAAGGCGGUCACAAGGAUGCGCACCAAACGAAGGAUUGUCCUCACCGGCACACCACUUCAAAAUAAUCUCAGAGAAUAUUACUGCAUGAUUCAGUUCGUCAAGCCGAAUCUGCUGGGCACAUACAAGGAGUACAUGAACCGCUUCGUCAAUCCCAUCACCAACGGUCAGUACACGGACUCCACGGAGCGGGAUCUGCGUCUAAUGAAGCACCGCUCGCACAUUCUGCACAAGCUGCUCGAGGGCUGCAUCCAGCGGCGGGAUUACUCCGUCCUCGCUCCCUAUUUGCCGCCCAAACACGAGUACGUGGUCUACACGACGCUCUCGGAGUUGCAGCAGAAGCUGUACGGCUACUACAUGACCACCCAUCGGGAACAGAGCGGCUCGGAUGUCGUCGGCAAAGGGGCGCGGCUGUUCCAGGACUUUCAGGACCUGCGACGCAUCUGGACGCAUCCGAUGAACCUGCGGGUGAACAGCGAUAACGUGAUUGCAAAAAGGCUACUGAGCAACGAUGACUCCGACAUCGAGGGCUUCAUUUGCGACGAGACCGACGAGGAGGAGGCUGCCUCCAAUUCCUCGGACAGCUGUGAGUCCUUCAAGUCGGAUGCCAGCAUGUCGGGUUUGGCGGCCAGUUCGGGAAAGGUGAAAAAGCGCAAGACUCGCAAUGGCAAUCGUGCCGGGAACAACGAUAGCGAUUCGGAUCUAGAGCUGCUGAGCGGUUUGCCUGGAGGAGCCAGUGUCCAAAAGGACGAUCCUUCCGAAUGGUGGAAGCCAUUCGUCGAGGAUCGAGAGCUGAACAACGUGCACCAUUCCCCCAAGCUGCUCAUCCUUCUGCGGCUACUGCAGCAGUGCGAGGCCAUCGGGGACAAGCUGCUCGUCUUCUCGCAGUCCCUGCAAUCGCUCGACGUCAUCGAGCACUUCCUGUCGCUGGUGGACAGCAAUACCAAGAACUACGAGUUCGAAGGCGAUGUGGGCGACUUCAAGGGCUGCUGGACGAACGGGAAGGACUACUUCCGGCUGGACGGCAGCUGCAGCGUGGAGCAGCGCGAGGCGAUGUGCAAGCAGUUCAACAACGUGACCAAUUUGCGGGCCCGCCUCUUUCUCAUUUCGACGCGUGCCGGCGGCCUGGGCAUCAAUCUGGUUGCCGCCAAUCGUGUGGUCAUCUUCGAUGUCUCCUGGAAUCCCUCGCACGAUACGCAGAGCAUAUUCCGCGUGUAUCGCUUCGGGCAGAUUAAACCUUGCUACAUCUACCGGCUGAUUGCCAUGGGCACCAUGGAGCAGAAGGUCUACGAACGGCAGGUGGCCAAGCAGGCGACGGCCAAGCGGGUGAUUGAUGAGCAGCAGAUCUCGCGGCACUACAACCAGACGGACCUAAUGGAACUCUACUCGUACGAACUGCAACCCAGUAGCGAACGCGAGAUGCCGCUGCUGCCGAAGGAUCGGCUCUUCGCCGAGAUUCUCACCGAGCACGACAAGCUGAUCUUCAAGUAUCACGAGCAUGACUCGCUGCUGGAACAGGAGGAGCACGAGAAUCUCACCGAGGAGGAGCGCAAAUCCGCCUGGGCAGAAUAUGAGGCGGAAAAGACGCGAACCGUUCAGGCAUCGCAGUACAUGAGCUACGAUAGGAAUGCCUUUGGCAACCAGGUGAUGGGACAAUUUGGCAAUGCCUCCGGCAGUGUGACGUCCAACAAGAUCUUCGGCUUCCGCUCGGACAUUCUGCUGCAGCUGCUCAACAUGAAGAUAUCGCAGGAUCAUCCGGAGCUCAGUCAAAACCAGGUCAUUCAGCUGGUGCCCACCUAUCUGCAGCAGCUGUACAACGAGAUGAACAACGGCGAUCCGACGAUGUACAAGGAUCUGCUUAGCCUGCACUCGCACAUUGUCCAUCCCAGCGGGAUGUACAUGAAUCCGCUGCUCUACGCCAACCAGAAUCCCAAUGCGGCUGGCUACAAUCAGGGCAGUGGUGGCGGCGGUCCGCCCGGGGCGGCUGGUUCAAUGCCCGCACAACCCGCUGCUGCUGCUGCUCCUGGUUUCGAGCCGGACAAGGUGUACGAAAUUGAUUAAUACACUCUUUAAUUUAAUCGUAGGUAAUUCGUCGACCGCGUCGGCAUUUCCUUUUGAACUAAAGUUACAAUUGUGGUUUAUAUCCUAUCUAAUUACCAUUACCGAUUACCCAUAACCGAGCGCAUAAGAUUAUACUUUUUAUCAACUCAUCUCUAAGUUCAAAACUGUCCUAAUUCAUGUGUAGUCUUACAUUAGUUACAAGUAAAAAAAAUACAAAAACAACAUAAUUACACAAUAUA